AUGGAACUCAAGCUUCUCGCUUCCUUGGCCCGAGGCCAACCGGGAGUUCUCCACCACUGUACCGACACUCUCGUCGCAUUCGAAUACACGCGCAGCCACGUCCCCAAACCACACACACUCGUCUUCGUCGGCGGUCUAGGCGACAGCCUGGGCUCAGUGGACUAUGUCAACGACAUCGUCCGCGCCCUCGACCCAACCCAAUGGAGCGUCUUCUCCCUCAUCCUCUCCUGCGCGGGUGGCGGCUGGGGAAUGGGCCGACUAGGCAAAGACAUCGACGAACUCUCCCAAUGCGUCUCCUACAUCCGCGAAUACAAAACACCUCAAUUUGGCACUGGCAAGGUCGUCAUAAUGGGCCAUUCAACAGGCAGCCAAGACGUAAUGCACUACAUCAACUGUCCGAACCCGCGUCCAGCGCACCCUGUCUUCGACGGAUCCUGGACGCCCAUCGUCCGCGUCCCUGUCGACGGAGCAAUUAUGCAAGCGCCUGUUUCGGACCGCGAGGGCAUCCUCUGGGUGGUCAAGUGUGGUACUGCGCGCGAUAGUCCUGCGCAAAUGCGCGCAAUCUACAAUAAAGCUGUUGCUGAUGCGCGACGUGCUAUGUACGAUGAUCAUGACUCUGUUGAUACAGUUGUGCCACUUUGUGUUACGGCCAGAAUUGGAUAUCCGCCUUCGGCGCCAGUUAGUAGUCGCCGGUUUUUGAGCCUGGUUAGUCCGGAUAGUCCGGAUAAUCCUUCUGAGGAUGAUUUGUUUAGUUCGGAUUUGAGUGAUGAGCAGUUCCGGGGCACUUUUGGGAAGAUUGUGGAGAGGGGGCUUUUGAAUCAGAAGAUGCUGGUGCUUUAUUCUGGGAGGGAUCAGUCGGUUCCUCCUUGGGUGAAUAAGGAGGCUUUGUUGAAGAGGUGGCAAAAUGCUGCUGAUGGGGGUGGUCGACAGAUUUGGGAUCAGCGAAGUAUGGUCAUUCCCAAUGCUUCUCAUGCAUUGAGCGAUAGUGAUCAGGCGGAGCCGAGACGUAUUUUGGUGGAAAGGGUCACGGCGUAUUUGAACGACAUUCAACGUGGGUGA